AUGCUAAUCUUCGUUACAUCAAUAGUUUUUACUCAUGUUGUUAGUCAAGAACCUAUACUAUUUUCUAGUUCAUUCACAGAUAAAAAACUAGUUAACUUAGAAGGUAAUAUGAUAAUCUAUAUAGGUUGGAGAAUAUAUCCUGAAAAUCCAUUAAAAUCAGGGUUUGGCUCGUUAUCUGAAAGUGACGAUGAUUACGCAGGAUUGUAUUCAUUAAAUGGAGAGCCUGAUAAGACCUACUCUUGUGGAAUGUAUAAAAUUUAUGAAAACAUUCCUCCUCACCGAUAUUUAAUUAUAAAUGUGAAAACAUUAAUAUCUAAUACAGGCCAAGGAGGUAGAGGCGCACUUAAUAUUAGAGUAAAUGGAAUUUUAAUUAUGCAAGAAGAAUAGCAAUUAGAUAAAGUUAUUAAUUCAAAAAAAACCAGUUUUUAAUUACCUUAUCUAUCAUCUUCGCCUUCCGUAAUAGUUGAAUUUAUUUUUGCUGUGAAAAAUAUUUUUAGAACUAUGACUUUUGGAUUUCGAGAGUUUCAACUAUAUUACAAAUAAUGUCCUACUGGAUGCUUAUUUUGUUAUACUUACGAUCUUAAGUCCAAUGAUUGCAAUUUGUGGUCUUUAGACCAUCACUCAUUAGGUGGUUCAAGUGCGUUGAAUGAAGGUUGGUUAAUCAAUUUAUAAGGCAAAAACUUAUAUAAUAUGGAGUAUUGUUAAGAUGAUAAAGCUCUUAAUUUAAUUGGACUGGUAUUACCUACCCAAUCUAUUGGAAAAACAGUGCAUUUAAAGCCUCAUUAUAAAAUAUUAAUUUAGUUCAAGUUGCUAUUACUAGGAGCUGAUUCUUAGAUGUUCACUUAUUUUAAUCUAGAAUUAAAUGAAGUAGUUGUUACGGAUGUCAAAAUUGCCACUUAUGCAGAAGGAUCCAAGAUUUGCAAAUAUAGAAAUCCUACAAGCUAGGGUGAUUACAUUUUUUAGCCAACUUACGAAAACUUUCAUUAAGAUACAAUUGUAAAUUUUAGAGUUUUUACUUAAGGAGGUAAGGCAUCUAUAGAAAACUUCAGAUGGUCUAUCAGAAAUUUUGAAAUUUACAUUAAGAAAUGCCAUUUAGAUUGUAUUGAAUCUUGUUCUGGUCCAAAAAAUACUUAGUGUAGUAGAGAUAAAUAUCCAUCAUUCAAAAGCUUUAAAAAUUAUUUUACAAAUACCUUAUUUACAGACACAUAAAAAUGGCAAAUGAUAACUCCAAUUUAACCAAAAUCACCAAAUUAUUGUAGUGGUUUAUCAAUCUUUGGUGGUUAUCUUCAAUUAAAUGGUGAUUAUUUUAUUUAAAGAAUUGGUUACUUUUGA